CGGGCCGGGCCGGGCCGGGGCGCGGAUGAGCGGCCAUGGCCGCGGCUAUCGCCAGCUCGCUGAUCCGGCAGAAGCGGCAGGCGAGGGAGUCCAACAGCGACCGCGUGUCCGCCUCCAAGCGCCGCACCAGCCCCAGCAAGGACGGGCGCUCCCUGUGCGAGAGGCACGUGCUGGGCGUCUUCAGCAAGGUGCGCUUCUGCAGCGGCAGGAAGCGGCCGGUGCGCAGGAGACCAGAACCCCAGCUGAAAGGAAUCGUGACAAGGUUAUUCAGCCAGCAGGAGUUCUUCCUGCAGAUGCACCCAGAUGGUACGAUUGAUGGGACCAAGGACGAAAACAGCGACUACACCCUUUUCAACCUAAUCCCUGUGGGCCUUCGUGUCGUGGCGAUCCAGGGAGUGAAGGCGGGUCUCUACGUGGCCAUGAAUGCCGAGGGAUACCUCUACAGCUCAGAUAUUUUCACGCCAGAAUGCAAAUUCAAGGAAUCCGUCUUUGAAAACUACUACGUUAUUUAUUCUUCCACGCUGUACCGGCAGCAGGAAUCUGGACGUGCGUGGUUCCUAGGGCUCAAUAAAGAAGGUCAAAUUAUGAAGGGGAACCGGGUGAAAAAAACCAAACCCUCAUCACAUUUUGUACCAAAACCUAUUGAAGUGUGCAUGUACAGGGAGCCAUCGCUGCAUGAAAUCGGAGAGAAACAAGGACGCUCAAGGAAAAGUUCAGGGACACCAACUAUGAACGGAGGCAAAGUCGUGAACCAAGACUCAACAUAGCUGCAAAACACCCCCCUUGCCCCCACUUCCCGUCGUCCCCCUCCCGCCCACCUGCCCACCCCACCCGGUGAAACCACACGAGACCACCACAAACUGAGCAAGGCAGGACCUACCAGUAGCGGCUAGGAUUCUGAACUCAAAAUCUUUUGUUGAGUAGGAUGAGGAAAACGACCCCCAAAUCUUGCCUGUCGCAACAUUUUAGAAAAACAAAACACACGCCAAAACAACCCCCCCCCAAAAGUGAAGAGAAAAAAAAAAUUUUAAAUCAGGACUCCAUUAACAUUUGCAAAAGCAAUUGUUUGCUCUGUGAUCAAAAGGGG